AUGCCUCUUCGACCAAGCUCCGAGAUUGCGGGUCUGUAUGAGAACUAUUCACUAUAUGUCUUGCUCAGCAGUCGAGGCGCUGCCCCGGGCUUCCACUGGGGGUUGUUCAUCCCGACCAACACUCCAGUGGGAGAUGUGUGGCACGCGACCAAUCGAAGCGGCGGCUGGAACGUCACGCCCCGAUCGUCCAGUGACGUUCCCUUCUCCAUGAGCCUUGUCCUGGCUUUUAAGCUCGCCUCCCUCAGCACUAGCGCAUUCGAAGCCUGCAAAAGUAUCCUAGACGCAUUUCCCUUCGACUACUCUCACUCUCCAAACACCGGAGAGCCAUUUUCCUGCCGAAUCUGGGUGAAGGAUGCACUUGUGGAGCUCCACAAGAAUGGAAUAAUCGUACUUCCGCGUGAUAUCUCUGUGAUCGAAGCCCAGUUACUCGAACGGGGCUAUUCGCACAAGGAUGAGGUAGAGGGAGGUGCGGACAAUGCUGAGGUCGACAACAACGGAUUGGAUUGA